UGUGUAGGCGGAAGCGCCGCGGGGCCGCCGUUUCGCUAAGGCGUGCACCGUCGCCACAGCGUCCCACACUCGCCACUCACCACCGCCACUCGCCACUCACCACCGCCACUCACCACCACCACACGCUACCACACGCCACCACCACCACCACUUACUCCUCGCUCCUACAGCAGCAGCGAGCAGCAGCCACAGCUCAGCGCCGUUGCCACGCCAGGGUUUGACACCCGGGACGUGUUCGUGGUUGGUGGUGGCGGGCGGUCGGUGGAGGAUUCGGCCGGGAGGAGAGCCCCAGACACCAACCCACCCACCCAGCCACCUACCUACCUACAACGAACGAAGGGGAAGAGUUAGCGCCCGUGUCCAAGGCCCCUUCUUGCCCACGGCAGGGUCCCCUUGACUGCAGGGGGUGGUGGGUUGGGGGUGUUGGGUGAGGGCGGCGUGCCCGCUACGGAGUGUGUCGGUGAGGGGGCGAGCAGGUCCCGGGGGAGAGUCGAGAGAAGCCGCCGGCUAUGGGGAAGAUGCAGGGGUUGGCACCUUCAGGGGUGGCCGUGAGCACUGCCCUUGACCACCAACAGCAGCUACAACAGCAGCAGCUGCAACAGCAGCAGCAGCAGCUACAGCAGCCUGUGGUUGGAUACUGGCUGAGCGACAAGAAGAGGAAAAAGUUGAACUUUCACGUCUUCGCCGAGCUGUGCAGAUCCCAUGGAAUACAGCUUGUGAAGAUUGAUCUGCAGCGUGACCUCGAGCAGCAGGGCCCAUUCCAAGUGAUCCUACACAAGCUCACUGACCUGCUGCUGGAGGCCGACCAAGGCAACGCCACCUCCACCAACCUCGUGCAGAGGUUCCAGAGUUACGUGGACAGCCACCCGGAGACGAUGCUGCUCGACCCACUGCAUGCCGUGCGGAAGCUGCUUGACAGAUGCCGAUCCUACGACCUCAUUCAGGAGCUUGAAAUAUGCCGGCUGGAGCGAGCGAUCAGCACGCCAGCUUUUGUGCGACUCAACACGUCGGACCCGGAAGAAAUGCUGGAGCUGAUGCGGGAGCGCCACGUCACCUUCCCGUUCGUGUGUAAGAAUAUUGUAGCCCAUGGCUCAGCAUCUCACGAGUGGUGCCGAGGAUCUGUGUCUGCCUUGACAGCAGCUGGCACCGAGUCACCAGCUGUGGCCUCCGACGAUGGAAGUCGGAACUCUAGCUACAUCCACGAGAUGGCCAUCGUGUUUGGCGAGGCCGGGUUGAGGGACAUCCGCCCACCGUGCGUGGCGCAGAGCUUCAUAAACCACGACGGCGUUUUGCACAAGGUGUUUGUCAUUGGGGACACCUUUCACGUGGUGGAGAGGCCCUCUCUCAAAAACUUUCCCGCUGGGAAAUCGGAUCAGAAAACGAUCUUUUUCAACAGUCACGAUGUCUCCAAGGCUGAAUCUGCGUCUCACUUAAAUGCACGAGACGAGAGCCAGACGGCUGAGCAACGGCAGCAGCUGUCCCCGCAGGUGGUGCGGCGCCUUGUGGAGGGCCUGCGCGAGACGCUCGAGAUGUCGCUGUUCGGCAUCGACAUCAUCGUGGACCGGGAGAGCGGCCACCAUGCCGUCAUUGACAUCAAUGCCUUCCCAGGCUACGAUGGCGUCGCCGACUUUUUCCCAGCGCUGCUCAUGCACGUGCAGGGCCUUCUGCAGGCCCACAAGCCCAGCGACGGCGUCUUGACAAACCAGCGCCUGCAGACACCCAAUGGACAGCUCGAGCCACCCACCACAGGCGAGCUGAUCCAGCAUCAUCAAGCCCAACCGCAGCAGCUUCAGCAGGCUGCUGCCUGCAGGGACCAGGAUUCCGCAAGCGCGGCGGGGCUGUCGGCCUUGCAGCUGCCUCGGCUUUCCCUGCCGAGCCGCCCACACGGCCGAUGCGGGUGCACGGCCUCCCGGAGCUCGUGGCCCGUGGAGAACGGCGGCGGCAGCGGCGCAUCGCACUUGGUGCCCACCAAACGGAGGGUGCACUCGGUGUCGGUGUCACCGGCGGCGGCGGCGGACAUAGGCAUGGUGUGCCACCGCGUAUCGCUCGUGGGAAAGGGCAGCAACGGUCGCUGAGCCCACUGCCGGGGGCACCACAGAUGUUACGCUUUCCUUUGUGAUCGCCCAACAACCCAUCCCCUCCAACAGUCGUCUGCGAUCAUUGGUGUGUAGCUUCUGUCGUUAGGACAGCGGUGCCCAGUCUGACCGAAUUGAACCAAGAAAUCCAGUCAUUCCAGCAGCGCGGCCGUGCAUAUUGGUGGCUUCGGUACAGACGGCUUUGUCACGUGUGUGCACAUUUAAUUAUAGUGGUUGGGAAGAAAAAAAAUGAUAUCUUCUGUGUGUUCAUAUUAAAUGACUUAAUUUGUCUUAUUAAUCGCAGCCACCCCACCCUCCGUCCAGAUGCAUAUGUAGAGGUGAUCCUGUGCUCUGAGAAUUGUGGUGGCAUAGCCUCCGUCCAAACACGCUCCAUUAUGUGCGCGCAUUGCAUUUGCCGAAGUCAUGUCAAUGUCAGGAUUAAUUCAUUCCAUGUGAGGUUGACAGCACCAUAGGUAUAAUCAUUUAUUUUUGGAAAUAAGUUCCUUAAAUAUUUAAUUUGUCAAUCCAAAUUUGCGGCUUGUUUAGAGGUCUUUAAAGGGUGAUUUAAUUUUCAGAGUAUGCCACUGACUAUGUGGCUUUGAAUUCCUUUGCAGAGGCAGGCAGGUAUACAUCUGGUGAGUGCCCUGUCACUCAUUGAUACGAGUUAGAGACGUACGGUGGCCGGUGGUUAAUGGGUAGUAUUAAUUAAAUGAUUUAAUUUACUGUAAUUUAGUAUUAAUAUAUUUUGUAAUAAAAAUCAACUGUGAAUAUUAUUGUGGUGAACCUUUGUAAAUUUUUGUUUGAAAUGCAACGUUUGCUCCACUUCUAGAAAUAAAAAAAUAGUUUUUUAGAUUUUUUUUAACAACUUCCAUAUUUAAUUUCUGAUCAACUUUAAUGUUUUGCCAAAUGAUAUCCUUUCGCAAAAUUGUAAAUAAGUGUUGAAAUCUGAUUGAAACGCUGACUAAAAAAUGUUAUUUAGUUUAUUACAAAAAACAGCCCAGAUGAACUUUAAAACAAAUUGAAACACAGGCAUCACACUCUUGUUCCGCCUGAUUAGCGAUGUACAACAGGAAACAAGAGUCUUGAAUUUUAUCAUUUUUGUUGUAAAAUAUAUUGGCAUGUUAAAAAGAGGUUUUAAACGAGCUCUGGCCUAGCAAUUCCUGAUACCUCUUUGUUAGGGGUAUGCUUGUUAAAUAACUCACACUCUUUGUUUUGCUUUUGUGGACAAAGGAUGCUGCUGAUUUUUAAUAAAACAAAAAUCAAGAUAAAUUGCACUUGUGUGAACCUAAUAUAAUCAUUGCUGUUCUUGAAAAGCGCGUCAUUCUGUCGCGAGCCGUCUCGUUGAAUCGUGUGCUCUCCGUGCAUCCAGGGAAUGUACGUGCAGGUGGAGAUCACACUGGUGUGUAGCUUCGGUGGUAAGGCGGAUGUCCAGUUUGAGGAGACAUUGCUAUCCGCUCCGUGUACUAUCAAGGAAAAAUACCGGUGGCUUAUAUCUCUUUUUUUUUCCACUGGCACAUUCGAGCCGUGCUAGCGCGGGGCCCUUACUGUGUAUGGGUGGUUUUCUACGAGCUAUUUGCCAAGCUUAGCCAGGAUCAAACGGUGAACCAAUCAAUGUCUUUAGAAGAAGACAUCUGAAUCUGGCUCGGAAGCAAGUAGGGCACGGGGCGGGGUUAAUUCUAAAUUGAAAAGCAUUUCUUUAGAACUGAUUGUUUUAUGUUUGUUGUCCUAAUCCCCGCACCUUCGAUUAUCACGGUUGGCUACGUACGGUGCGAAAGAAGUUCAACAUGCAUACAUACAAACAAUAUUUUUUUUGUCAUACACUGACGCAACGUACGUUCAUUGUUACGUAUGAUGUCAGUGGCACAGCUCGGGUUUUUGCAGUGGAAAAUUAAACCUGGCUGGCUCGGCUUGCCAACAGCGUGGCUCGGUUGUAUCGUGGAAAGGAGGUAUAAAUUGAACCCAGGUGACUGUUUACAAGUUUGUCUUCUCACCCAACACCCAGCACCCAUCACCUGACUCACUUGAAGGUAAUACCCCUCACCAGACACACACUUGGUGUAGGUCAUAAAUAAACGGCGCUGUCUCUCCAAUAUAGACGUGUGCAUUGCAAAAGCGAUUUAUUGUGUUCCAUCGUCAUCGGCCAUGGUCAAUUUCACUGCCGGAGGAAGGUCUCCCCAAGUUUGCCGCUGCUGUGUUAACCUGUUGUCGGUGCGCUUGGUGCAGUGCGUGCAGUGUUUUACGACAGCGGUGACUGCUUCUGAGUCUCGUGUUUAUGUCGAUGGAACUUGUGUGUAACCGUAUUUUCGUUUUCACCGCUUUUCUCGGCUUUUCCCGAUGGUCGUUCUGCUUGCAAAUAUGAGAUUUUAUUUUUGGUGAAAGGGAAACUGUGGCCUAAGUGACAUGACCACCAGUGAAAAUACUUGUCGGUAAUUAUGGCGAUAAGAGGGGUUUUUGUUCGCUAGGUUUAACCUUAAACCACUCUGUUCAUCUUCAUUAUAAUUACUUGCACAGUUUAUUUUAAGACACAUCGAUGACGCUAUAGUUUACAAAAUCUGGGCGCUAUGUACUACGUCGUCUUCUGUUCAUACAGCACAGAUUAUUUUUGUAACAAUUGUAUUAUUUUCUUGUAAUUGUGAUUCCAUUUAAUAGAAAACGCUGCAUCUUUUGGUGAGAUGUAGUGCUCGCUUAAUUACAGCUGUAUAGUAGCGCAAUGCAAAUUAUUUGUUGGCUACUCCAUUUAAUGUCCAUUGCAGAGAUUUAAAAAAAUCAGAAAUGAUCGACGAUCCUGCAAAUGGGUGCCGGAUUCACGCGUGUGUUUGCGAGGCUGUGGUUCAUUGUCAAUUAAUUAUACCAGUAUCUCAAGCACCAGCGUGAAGUGAACUAAUAACCAAAUUGUUCACCCAUCGUUGGGUGACAUCUUGUCGCAAGGCUCUCGUUACUCUUUCAUGUACCAUUUCUUGUUUGUGAGUAACCCCAACCACUUGAUUAAUACGAUUUUAAAAAAGCUGUAGUUUUAACACAGAGGCAAGAACGUAACCGUGUUGAAUGUUUAAUGAACAUCAAUGUGUCGGCAGUGGAGAAAAGUGCUUUCGCUCAGCUUUUUUCUCAGCUUUAUCUCGCUGUAUGGCUUCGCGCAUCUGUCCAUAGCCGGGAUGAUCUUGUUGCCGUCUUUUCGAUGGGGAGUCGAGCUCAUGGGGCCUUGGAGGCAUUCUUCACGUCUGUAAACAGGACACUCAUUACCACGUGGGCAAGAUUACUGCCGAUAACAGUGGGUUCAGUUUUAUUUUUCUGCCAAGCCGUUUUAAUGCAGAAGAGACUGCUUAGGCUUCCUCUUGAGAAGUCUAGCGUCUGUGAUGAUGGAUAGAAGGCAGCGGACGAGGUUGUUUUGCACGAGGUACUUGCAUGAAGAAGGCUGCGCUGCAGAUGUGAUGCGUGGAUUGGCUUGGCAGUGCUGGCAUAGCGAGACUGUUGCUGCUUAUUUCUCUUGAUAACAUGUCCUGUUGCUGUGCUUUUGCAACUACGACUACCUCCUUGCAUUCGAUUACAAUUCUAUGUUUGUGUGUGAUUGGAAACGUUCUCUAUUAUUAGUAUGCCCCCUUUGAAUUCUGAUUCGAAUCCGCAGAAUGGAGGGUGCGGGGAGGGAGGAACGUUUGUCUGUGCUCUUGAGAGUUCAUUCAUGUGGCUUGUACGUAUCAGUGGCUCCCACUCUUUCACCUGUCAGCUGGGCCCCCACCAACGUAUUCAUUCGUCAGCGCCCUUCCAGUUGAGGCAGAAGAAGCGAGCGUCUCGUCAUUUUCUGGGCUGCGUAAGGGACCGGGUGACGUGAUGCUGUAGUUGUCCAAGCUUUUGCUUCAUUGUCAAUUUUGUAAUCCUAUACGGUAUAUCUCCAAUUGAAUUUGUAACUCUGGACGUAAAGAUGAUAUGGUUUUUGUUAUUUAAAAAAAAAAUGCUACCGUUUGUUUUGUACGAUCUAAGUGUGCAAAGCUAACUGGCUGACAACUGGAAAAAAAGACCCGUAUUUGCAACAGUUUUGCCCAAAAGUCUGUCACUUUACUCUUAUUCUGACCAAACCGCAUCACGUUUGAAUGUUAUUUCACUCUUAACGCGUGAUGGUGAUGGUCGUGGUGUGAUCGCUUGUCAUGUCAUUGACACCAUUUCUAUGUUUUCAUUGUCAUUCGUUAAACAAAUAUUUCCAAGCACCCAACGAACCAAAAAUCGCACUUGCGAUGAAAAAAAAUUCCCAAUGUUUUUGGGCAAAGAAAUGUCAAAAGUAGCUGCUUCGCAUGUUUAAUAAAAAAACAAAGUCAUCCGGUUUGAUUUCUGCUCGUGUGCACAAUUGCACAUCAUCACAUUCCAUUGGCUGCUUUUUAUUUUGAGCGUAAAGCUUCUGGGACGUCUGGACUGUUAAGACCGCCGCCUUUGUACUUUUCAGAUUACAGGACGUCUAUUCCGAUUUUCAGAUUACAGGACGUCUUUUCCGAGGGCUUUGGGAGUGAGAUGAGAAUGUACUUGUUAAGUCAAUUGUUGCACUUUCCCUUGAACCAAGAUUUCCCCCCACCCUCGCUUUAGGCGUUUGCUAAAGCCCCCCCCCCUCCCCUCUUACAGUUGUACUUUUAAGAAUUUACAAAAUUCCGAAUGUUUGAAAAAUAUUGUUUAAUCGUUUGGCUCUAUAAUUGUGCUGUUCACUUCUAAUGCCGGUCAACGGAUUACGAUGAUGUUGAGGCUUGACCGAGACUUUGUAAUGUAUUCCCGCCAUGUGCCUUUUCCAGUUCCACCGAAGUGUGCGUGUCCCUCUGGCAUAAGAUGUGCAGACACGAGGGGGCAAAGAUGUGUGAUGCUGUUAAUUGUACAUGUAUAUUUAUUAAAGUUCAUCUGAAUUAAACAAAGGCCAUUUAUAGUUGUCGAAUGAGCUAAUAAAUGUAAAAUAUACGGAA